CUGGCACAAACUUCAAACACAGUUGAAACAAAACAAGCCAUUCAGACUUUGGUCGCCUUGGUCGGACGUCUAGUGGUUUGCGGUGCGGUCGAAUUGCGUCCGAAACCUGGCGCAGGAGAGCAGAUUCACGUCAUGCCUGGUUUCCGUGUCCCAAUGCCGAAGACCGGAGCAAACAAGAGUGUUCGCAACAUACACGCGUUUGAUGUAUUGCAGUCGAUUUUUCUGUCUGCAUGUUCAUCUGAACUUGCCCUUAUUGUGCUGGAUACUAUUCGCGGGAUUUACCUACAAGAUUUGUCUAACUAUUUUAUCCUGGAACAACAAAACACGUUGGUUGCUUUUGCAAAGAAAAUUUUCCACAAGCCAGUCGAUGUUCAGGAUGCGUUUUUCAAUUUGCUGGAAGUGUUGGUCAACAAGCUUCAUUACGUCCCAAUGAAAGAAAUCAGCAGCAUCGUGGUGUUGCUAAAAACUUGUCACCUUACGCCAUGUGUUGCCGUCGCUUUGCGGCAUCUCAUUCGACUGGUUCGCGAGCAUCGAACAUUCAAAGAAGUGUUCCACGACGUGGGUUUGCUCGAACUAGGUGUGGAGCUGUUGCAUCGCUUUGCCGACAAUUUGGACGAAGCAGAAAACAUAGAACGGACAAAACAAGAGGGCCGUUCAUCAUCUGGUCUCCCCCAACCUACCCAUCCGAUCGCGUCCGAGGUCGGUCAACUAAUUUUGGACUUUCUGCGAUAUAGUGUCACCGGCAGCGUGGCCAAUGCGGAUUUAUGCGUACGCCUUGGGGCAGCCGAGUGCCUAAUCAAUCGUAUCCUGUCCAUGCGCACCGCAGUCACCAUUCGAAGCGAAUUGCGACGAAGUGCGUUACUCAUUCUGGAGGAGUUAAUCCUUACCAAUGGUGGCGAAGAUCUUAUGCCCGCGUUGCUGAGCAAAAUGCACACGACCAGUGUAGCAUUAAAAGUCGAGAACACUGUCACCAGUCGUUAG